CCGGGCGAGUUUAGUUUCUCCUGCACGUCCGGAAGGUGGGGUUUUUGUGACAGCGAUCUGUUACAUUUAAACUCGGCAGCCCUAUGCCUCGGAAUGCCCCAUUAAUGGUCACAUUAAGAUAGCAUCAAGAAAGGGGAAACGCAAUAAUCCUGCUUCGGUGGUGCCUGUGAGUGUCUGGGCGUAGAGGAAGGCGUGUGUGUGUGUGGGUGUGUGACAGCGAGCGAGUGAGGGAGAGAAAAGAGUCCAGUAAUGGCUGCCAAUAAGAGCAAGAACCAGAGUUCCCUGGCCCUCCACAAGGUGAUCAUGGUGGGUAGUGGAGGCGUAGGGAAGUCUGCUCUCACCCUGCAGUUCAUGUACGACGAGUUUGUGGAGGACUAUGAGCCUACCAAGGCCGACAGCUACAGGAAGAAAGUGGUUCUGGAUGGUGAAGAGGUCCAGAUUGACAUCCUGGACACAGCGGGCCAGGAGGAUUACGCUGCCAUCAGGGAUAACUACUUCCGCAGUGGAGAGGGCUUCCUGCUGGUCUUCUCCAUCACUGAGCACGAGUCCUUCACAGCCACCGCAGAGUUUAGGGAGCAGAUCCUGCGGGUGAAGGCGGAGGAGGACAAGAUCCCUCUACUGCUUGUGGGGAACAAGUCAGACCUGGAGGAGCGCCGGCAGGUGUCUGUGGACGAGGCCAGGGGCAAGGCAGAGGAGUGGGGGGUGCAGUACGUGGAGACCUCCGCCAAAACAAGAGCCAACGUUGACAAGGUAUUUUUUGACUUGAUGCGGGAAGUGCGAGGCAAGAAGAUGUCUGAGAACAAGGAGAAAAAUGGCAAAGGAAAGAACAAGAACAAAAAGAAGAAAAGCUUCAAAGAAAGAUGCUGUUUACUUUGAACCCGACAUGGACCUCGCAACCUAAAAACACAAUCGUAACGCCGGGGAGCACUCUCACAACCUCCUCCAUCCGUCUUCAUUUCAACAGAUAUGGGUCUGUUUUUCAAAACGAUGUGGUCUUUGUACCGUUUACUGUCUAGCAUAUGUUCAACCACAUUGUUGCGUUGCAUUUUAAUAUAAUUGAACAUUUUGAAUCCGAGUUUUUAUACGUAAAGUGACCACUUGUGUGUCUAGCCAGGACUGUGGAUAGUGAUGGCUCCAUUUUUGAAUGCUCAAAGUACCAAACUGCCUCCAACACUAACUCACUAACUCUGCCUACCCAUGUCAGUGCAGGUCAUUUAUUUUAAUCUUAUUGUAAUGGGGUGGGUUCUCUCUGUUAAGCACAGACAAUUUGCCACAGAGCCUGUGUUAUUUUACAAUGAUAUUGCAGCAUUAAACACUGUGUGUGUUGAAAAGGAAAAUUGUAUUUUCUAAGAAUCGUUAGUAAAUACUUUCAGGUGAAUUAUCAGGCUUAAAAUAGGCUUAAAAGCACAGGGGGAGGUUGGAGCUCCAAGUGAUUGACUGUUGUAGACAUCUAGGUAGUGUUUAUAGCGCCCCCUCUGGCACUUCUGUGUAAAAAGAAAGAAGAAAAACUGAAGUGAAACUGAACCAUUCCACAUCCCUUAGGACUUUAAUUGGAAUAGAUCAUUUUGAUAGCAAACAAGGAGGGAAGCGUUUAUAUUUUUAAUAUUUUUUUUCCUGCCAUAUUAGCCAUUCAACUACAAUCGUGGAUUAUUGUAGAUAAUUCAUGUUGAUUUCUUUCAAAUGUUAUUUGAAAUGUAAUGUAAUUAUUUUGUUACUUCCACAUGCACUACAUUGCCAAUACCUUAAAAAAAGCAAGCUCCCUUUUCACUUGGAGAAUUCUAAAGAUGGUAUGUGCCAACACUUAAUUGAGGAUAAGACAAUAACCACUUCUUUUUCUUGCUUUGAAAAAUGUGCAUUGGAACGACAAUUCAUACUUUCGGUUCCUCAAUCUGAGACUGUGUGAAUGGAACGUUCUUGGAGGGAGGGAGGGGGGGGUUAUUGUACUUCUGCUGUCACUGUUUGAUCAAGUACUAUGUCCUACAGUGAAGCUUAGGUUUCCCCCUUCAGCUACACCAUGCUCUUUGUAACAAACAAAAAAAUCCUCUUCUAACAAGCUUGUCUACCUUGAGUUGGGUUUUUCAAUUUUGUGAACGAUGACUUCAGAAUAUGUUGCCAAAUAAAUGCUUUUUGUUUUCUUUUUAA